AUGUUCAAUAUGGCCAUUGAGUGGAACGAUGGCUUCUGGGAUGAGGCUGCAGGCUACUUGGUCGCAGCAGCAAGCAAUCCCGGUCGCUAUGACACUCGACAUACUGCCUGGAUCUUUGACAAUGUCAUUUCGGGGCAGUAUCUCGAUCCCGCGGACCAGUGGUACGGGGACUACACGCAAUCCCCGUCAGCGCCGCAGCCAGGAACGACAGAGUAUCCCGAUGAGGGUCCGUAUAGUUCGUGGGACCCUAACAUUCGCGACUUCGUGGGCUGUGCCUGGCUCGUUGCGUUGAACGACUAUGACCACCUCCUGCCUGCUGAAACUGUCGCCAAGGUUGAGAAAUCCCUGCAUAUUGCAGCAAAGGGGGAUCUUUAUCGCGUCGGUGGUGUUGACGGCGACAACUUGUACCCGUGCUACUCCAAUCCUUGGGUGAUGCGCACAAUUCUUCAAAAUUGGGUCGGCACUCGCGUUGGUGAUAGAAACCUGACCGAGUCCGGUGAGAAAUUUGCCCAGGAGCUGUACGACCUGUGGAACAUGUAUCAUACCCUAUCUGAGUUCAACUCCCCGACGUAUAGCGGAGUGGCCAUGUGGGCUUUGGCUUUGUGGAGCCAGUAUGCCUCUGACGGCAGUUUGUUGCAAAAGUACGUUCCGGAGAUAUUGACGGCGAGCUGGGAUGAACUCGCCCAGCUCUAUAAGGCAAACUUGAAGAACUUGGCUGGCCCCUGGGAUCGCACCUAUGGUUACAACAUGAUGGCUUAUACAUCUCUGGUGGCACCCGUAAUCUGGGGCGCUGUGGGAAAGGAGUAUGCACCGUUUCCCAAGCAGACCUCGGGAAUGUAUCACCAAGAUGAGUUCGCCUUCUAUCCCCUCUUCGCUCUGGCUAUGCCUGAAAUGCUCAAGUACUUGUCAGCACAGUCUAAGAAGAACCUGGUUGAAUUCCCUGGUGAACACAUCCAUACGGCCCAGGCUUAUUCCCCGCCGUUUGACACUUACCCGCGGAACAUCACAACAUGGAUGUCUGACAACGUGACUAUUGGUGCCGAGACCCUCGCACAGGACGUUGUUGGGGGAGCUGCGAAAAGUACCAGAGCAUUCAACCCUGCAGUCAUCCAGUGGGCGACCGACGACAAUCAGAUUGGAUGCGUUACGCAUUGGGUGACCGAGUCGUCAAUCCAUGCAGUGGCUUCUCCACAUGCACUGCAUAUCUCCUAUCCGAAUGCAACAUCGGCAGAUGGUGCAGUAUCUUUCAACUUCUUGUUCAGCGGUCUUACGGUAAGCCACGGCUUCAACGUCACGGGGUUGGAGGGCCUUCCUGGCAUGAAACUGAAAGUCACGACGAACGCUCUGGCCGAUUACACCAUUGUCUAUAAUACUGAUCAGUCAGUGAAUGAUUUUAUCUUUUACAACAUCACCUACACUAUGCCAGAGCAGUUCACCGAUGCAUCGUUCAUCUCGUUCCGAGUUGUUUGA